AAACAACACAUACAUCAACAACAAUGGACGAAUCAAUUAAAUGUGUAGUAGUAGGUGACGGUGCUGUCGGUAAGACAUGUCUUCUCAUCUCUUUCGCUUCAAAUACUUUCCCAGAGGACUACGUUCCAACAGUUUUUGACAAUUACAAUGCUAACGUUAAAUAUAAGGAAAUUAACGUUUCUCUUGGUUUGUGGGAUACAGCUGGUCAAGAAGAUUACGAUCGUUUGAGACCAUUGUCCUAUCCUGAUACUAACGUUUUCUUGGCUUGUUACUCCAUCGUCAAUCCAAGUUCAUUGGAAAAUAUCAAGGCCAAAUGGGUCCCAGAAGUUCGUCAUCACUGUCCAGAUACACCAAUUGUCUUGGUUGGUACCAAGAAGGAUCUUCGUGAAGAUCCAGAAUUUAUUAAAAUUCUCGAAGAAAAGGAUCAAAAACCAAUCACACAAAAGGAAGGUGAAAUGAUGAAACAAGAAGUUGGUGCUGCUGAUUUUGGUGAAUGUUCUGCUAGAACUCAAGAUGGUUUGCGUGAGAUUUUCAAUAAGUGUAUUGCUGUUUAUUUGGAACCACCACAAGAAGAAAAGAAGAGCGGAAAGAAAUCAAAGGAAGGUGGAAAGUGUAUGGUUUUGUAAAUUAUUCAAAUAUAUUGCCAAUAUUUCAAUUGU